UUGACGUUUUCAAAAUCAAUUGGAAAUCAAUUGGCACACUCUAGUAUUUAUCUUCCAACAGAGUUAAUUUUAAACUCUUAGUAACCACAGAGACUUGAUUUACUGGGGGGGGGGAAGCAUGUCCUGUUUUUCGCUAACCCAAAGAAGAGGUUGCUCUGAAAUCCUAGAAUCUUUAAGCUUCAGUAAUUUGCUUGCACUGAAGGAUACUGUAGCCAAUAAGGUAAAUGCAUGGACUAAAGAUGAAGCCAUCAGUGUCAUUCUGAACAACAGCCAAGGUGCUGAAGAGCUCCUGAAGCGCAAGAAAGUUCUGCGAGAGGAAAUAUUGAAGUACCUAAUUAAGCAUGGUGUUAAUACAUCUACUUCAUCAGACAAACAGCAACUUAUUAAUGAUGCCUUGUUCUAUUGGAUGAAGCUAGAAAUGAAUAGAAAGCCAUUGACAGCUCAAACAAAUCCACAUCUUCUGGGUCAAAACAGAAGGAAGCAUUGGGGCAAAAAUCAGAAGAAUACUGAAAGUGCAGUGACAAAAUCACUAGCAACAGUUGUCAUGAAGUCAAGAGAACUGGAACAGAUCAGACAGGCAGAAGAACAGAAAAAAGAAAAGAAGGAACAGGCAAGGAGACGAGAGGAGCAACAGGGAAGGCAAGAGCAAAUACUGAAACAAGCGCAGGGUCCAAUGGCCAUGCAGAUGAAUAUACAUAUGAAUAUUAUACCGUAUCAGCACCCACCUCAGCUAGUGGCAGGGGAAGGCUCUGAAUACAAAGAAAUGGGCAAGGAGUUCUGCCAAUGGUUCUUCCAGCUUCUGAACUCUCAGAAUCCUUCCUUUGGACAACAGGCAGAAGAUUGGGGCCCACAGCACUUUUGGGAAGAUGCAAUCCUUCACCUUACCUAUUGUAUCCAGGAAACCCAAAUAGAACAGCAUCAGAGUUCAGCAAGCGUCAGUCUGCGCUUGUUGUCCCUGGUAAAGCAUGAACAACUGCUCUUCAACCCCAACAUCAGCCAGAGUGGGAUUAAAUGUGCAGCUUCUCCACAUGGAGUAGUCGCCAUCGCAGUGGCUGGCACCAUUCACAAGAACUGUCAGUGCGUGGGCAUUUUUGAACAGGUCUUUGGGCUCAUCCGCACACACUUUUGUGGAAACAACUGGAAAAUCAGGCAUAUUAACCUUCAGGUGAAAGCUUUUAAUGAUCUGCAGGGCAUCACCCAACCCAGUGUAUCUGUUCAGAUGCCCGCUCUACAGGCCCAUGUCAAUGAAUUAAGUGCACUUCUUAAGUAGUUUAUUCUGGAAAUCAUUUGCAACUUUGCAGCCCCGAAAGGAGUUUGAAAUGUAGGUGGGUUUGUGUAAUGGGUGGGCAUUUUGUUGCAUAGACUGGCACUAGGUAACAAAGUUGAAAAUGAUCCCCCUCCAUCUGGACUUGAAAUUACUUUCACUAUGAAAACUUUAGCAAAUAUGGUGAUCUUAAGAAUCUAACUGUUCUACUACAAUAAUUUUUUUUAAAAGGCAAAUUAAUCUUUCAAAAAAGAUGAUUUAGGAUCGAAAAUCCUUUGUGCAUUGUUUUUAAUGAACAGAUAAAUAUAUUUAGUAAAAUGACAAUGUGCAGCAUUUUAAUUAAAUCAAUUAGUGCAUGUAAUAUAGUUGCUUGAUUGUUGAAGCAAUAUAGACAGGAACUUAAUGCAAACAUUAAUAAAAGCACUGGACAUCACUAACUAAUAAAUUUCUAUCACUUCAAUUGAUCACUUAUUCAAUCAUUUAUCAACAAGUACACACAAUUAUAAAAGUAAUGUCUUCUUCUCUAGGGCACUCCCUUUGGAUCGAGGAUGACCCACUUCCUCUUCAGAGUGGCAGGUGUCUUUGCGUCUUUAUGUAAAUUCUUUUUCCAUGGGGUGACCGUUGUACACAAGGUAACAUAUGGACUUGAUGGAGUGAGUGUUUGGUCCAGUUGCAUGGAAGUCCAAGACAAUUGGACACCUGCAUGGACUUAGCACAUACACACCCACACUACUCCACACACAGAGCCCUAUCCAUCCACACACACACACACACACACACACACACACACACACACACACACACACACACACACACACACACACACACACACACUCUAUGACCUUACAUAUGUGGACACAGGUACACAAAAUUGCAUACGUUCUAUCUGUAAGCACCCUCUCCCACCUUCCUCCAUUCUCAUCCUUCCUGGGCUCUCUCAGUCUCUCCCCCUCCUUCAGACAACUUCCAUUUCAGCUUCCUCGCUUUCACUUACCUCUUUUUAAUCCUUUAACUAUCAACUCCUGUCCCUCAGCCCAACACCUGCUUGGCCUUUCCAAGUCUGAAGCAGCCCACUAGUUGCUGUCACUUGCCCUCAUCAGGGUCACAUCAUGAUUGCCGAUUGCAUCCCUGCAUCCUGUUCCUAGUAGCCAUACUACCGGAUACCAGCAGCCUAGUCCUGUACCCCGGAGCUCUCCUAGACAACCUCAGGAGAACCUUCAGUUCCUGCACAGUGCCGCCCAAUGGUGGUUGCUCCAAUGAGCUGAACAUCAUGCUGGAUGAAGCUUUUAAAGAGGUAGAGUUUUUUUUAUAAUCCUUCUGCAGGCAUGGUAGUGUAGCGGUUAGUGUAACGCUUUACAGCGCCACUGACCUGGGUUCAAAUCCGGCCACUGUCUGUAAGGAGUUUGUACAUUCUCCCUGUGUCUGCGCAGGUUUCCUCCAGGUGCUCCAGUUUCCUCCCAUGUUCCAAAGACGGACGGGUUAGGAAGUUGUGGGCAUGUUAUGUUGGUGCCGGAAGCGUGGCGACACUUGCGGGCUGCCCCCAGCACACUCUAUGCAAAAAGAUGUACUUCACUGUGUGUUUCGAUGUA